AGAGCUCAGAGCCUCGGUCCUUGUGCAGGGAGGGAAAGGAAAGCCCUCAGCAUCUCCCCACAGCACCAAGGGCAAGGAUUCUUCUUUCACUGCAUCGCCUUUGAAAGCCGCCUGCCAAGAUGUGAAGCCUACACAUACCCAGGGGCACCCCCAGGCAUUUUUCUGCUGGAAAGACGUGGGAGCUCCAGCAGAGCCUCCCCUGCUGUGACACAAGCCCAGGGCUUGCUGCAGGGCUCUGGGAGCUCCCUGCCAUCAGGAUCCCCAUCCCCAUGGCCGGGGAGUCCCGUGUUCCUGCCAGCCUGCAGCGCUGGCGGCUCCGAGCCGAGGACAAGGUGCUGGAUUUUGAGUUUGAGGUGCUGAGCGCCCAGUUCAACCGGCGUGGUCGCUAUGCCCUGCGGCUCUCCGUGGAGAACCCCCUGCUGAGGGACAGUGGGGACAGUGUCCGACUGCGCACAGGGGAUGGGGACAGUGUGCCCACCAGUACCGGCACCACCGACACCGUGCUGCAGGGUCACCUGGGGGAGAUCUGUGCCUUCCGGAGGAAGAAGUUCACCUUCACCCUACCCAGAGGUUACUGCAAGAACGACAAGAACCACGACGUGAGGCUCCGCAUCGAAGCCUUGCACUGCCCUGGGACCCCACUGAGGAGGAAGAGGGUGGGUGAAGCCUUCUUCGCCAUCUAUCCCCGUCCUGACCAGCCACGGGUGAAGCUCCUGGCAGGGCGAGAUGAGGACUGGUACCGCUACAGCGCAGUGCUGGCCCUGCUGCGGGCAGGCAGUGAGCAGCCAGCCAUGCACUGCGGCCGCCUGGCCUUCACUGCUGCCCUGCAUGAGCACCGGCCACCUGCUGUGGUGUCCCCAGCACCAUCACCCCACGCCCAGGACAGGGGACACCGAGCAGCAAGCACAGCUCCAUCGCCUGCAUCCCCAGCUGGGCCAUCUCCCAGUGUCCCCUUGCACUCACCUGAGUCUGCCUACCACUCACUGCCCACUGAGUCCACCCCAAAUCUCCUCACUGCCCCAAGCAGCCCCUGA